AUGACUCAAGUAAUGUUAAAAAAUACAGAUGUUUUACGCUGUAUUUUCGAAUAUCUGUCAAAACGAGAUCAAUAUACGUGUGCGCGAGUGAAUAGAAAAUUUUGCAUCGUUGUGAUAUCAUUUAUCUGGGCAACGCCGUUUGGAACCUCAUGCAAGCGAAAUGUAAAAGUCCUAAAGAAUUAUUUUCUGUUUUUCGAUGACAAGAAUAUACUUCAACCGAUGUAUCAUAAAACUUCCACAUCCACGCAAGCUUUACCACUUUUCGAUUAUCCAUCGUAUCUUAAAGAACUGCGACUCGACGAACUUUUUAUCUCGUUGAAUAUGAUUCUAAGGAAACAUUAUCCAUGUACUAAAAGUUCCCAUGAUAGUCAGUUGAACAAAUUGAUAUGUGCGCUGUUGGAUAUGUUUUUAGCACAUCAAGUGAAAUUGAAAAAGAUUUUUAUUGACAAAAAAUUUAAGUUAAACAUACACGCAAUUCAGGCGUUUAAAGAACAAAAAUAUUCCUCGAUAUUCAGGUCGAUUGGCACAUUGACUAUAUGUCAACAAAAUUUCAAUUUAAAGUUGAUAGAAGCAUUAAAGGAUUCAGGAUGUCAGAAUAUUGUAAAGAAAAACUUUGAAAUCUGGAUGCUGCAUCACACCGACAUUAGCACAAUCUCUUCAUUGAUCAUGUCGCAAAAGGGCCUCGUUCGUUUACGUAUCUUUGACUGUGAACAUGGAAUCGAUCUAAUACUACCUGCAAUAAAAAGUCAAGCGGAAACCCUACGAGAUCUCGAAUUAGACGUCGUAGAUUACUGGAGAUGUUUACCUUGGACUGACCUGGCCGCUUGUGAAAAACUAGAACGUCUCUGGAUAACAAAUUCUCAGCAUGUAACUCCUGCUAUGGUUAAACCAUUACAUACUGCAUCAUUUCCUUAUAUGAAAGAUAUAAAUGUCAAUAAUCCAUUGUAUGAAAAUUGCGAUGAACUCAAUGCUUGGUUUUUAAGUAGAAAGCUUACCAUGGAAUUUAAUGACUAA